GGUUUAGUCGGCGCGCUGGAUGGCUUGCUUGUCAGGGAGAUGAUUUUUCCCCACCUCUCACUGUUCGCCCUAUCUCGGCGUGGAGGCUGAAGAGAAGGGGUCGACAACAACGCGGUCCCCCGGGGGAUAGGACGGUCAAGCUAACGGAGUCUCCUCGCGGAGGCGACGGUUUAUAUUUCAGUUUUGUUGGGUUGGCGCGCGCGCGUGUCACCGUGCAGGUUGGCGAGCCUGCGCGGGGCUGACGCUGCACUGUGUCCUCGGCAGUCGGUCGCGGGUGGAUGUGUGUCGGCGCCGCGCCCGCCAGCCGCCGCGGCGGCUAUGGGCAAGCGGAAGGGAGUGCUCGAGAAGCUGGUGGCCUUCAUGUGCAAGCUGAAGAACGGCCGCAAGGCGUCGCCGUCUUCCUCGGCGGAGAAGCAGUGCCUGGCGUCCCGCUGCUCGACGCCGAGGCUGGGCGUUGACCCGCACCCGGGGGCGGCGUCCUCCUCCGCCCCCCGGCCCUCGCCGAGGUUCGCGAAGAACCAGCUCGCGGGGGCGGGCAACCGCCGCCGAGCCGUCAGCCCGUGCGCCGCCCCCCGGCCGCUGCGCAGGCGCGCGUCGUCUCCGGCCCCCGACGCCGUGCCCUUGACCGGGGGCGCAGCCGCCCCCGCCGUCCGGCCGCGCGUGGCCCCCCGCCGCCCCCGAGCACCGCCCCCCGACACAAGGGGAGAUGCCUUCCUGGAGCCGUACCUGCAGGGCCUCGGGCCCGACCUGUCCCACCACCAGCAGCAGCAGCAGCAGCGCAACGUGAACGCCUUGGAUGCGAGCGGCAAGACGCCCGAGGACGGCAGCGUCGCCUCGUCUCCGCCGCCGCCGCCAGCCGCGCUCGCCGAGCUGUCCGCGCCCUUCCGCCUGCUCGAGCUGGACGGCAGCGCCGACAGCCUGGACCAGGAUGCCGAGUCCAGCCUGUCGUCGGGCACGAGCAGCGACGCCGACGAGAGCGCCGACGGCGACGCGCCGUGCGACAUCGGCCUGGUGGAGCGGCUCAUCAGGACGCACCCGGUGUGGUUCCUGCCGGGCAUCCAGCGGGCCGGCGCCUUCCACCUGCUGCAGGGCAAGGAGGAGGGGAACUUCGUGGUUCGCCAGUCGAGUCAGCCGGACACGAUGGCGAUAUCGGUGCGGCUGCCGGCGGGCAAGGGCCCCUACAUCGAGCACUACCUCAUCCAGGCGGUCGAUGGCCAGCUGAGCCUCGAGAGCUCCGACAAUCGCUUCGACAACAUUCCGCAACUGAUCGCCCACUACUCUCAGUGCUGCGAUGAACUCCCUGUGCAGCUAACCCUGCCACGAGCAAUGAGGGAAGCGAAGAAUCGGCAGCAGCUCUCUUCGUUGGCUUUGCUCGGGCAAGAGUUCUGGAGGUACCCCAUGGCGAAUCCACGCCCCCCGGAUCGCGUCCGCAACGGUCCGGAGGUGCCGACGCUCCAGAACAGGUCCGUGGUGGAAGGCCAGCAGUCUCCCCCGAGCAGCGGAAGCAGCCUCAGCAGUCUGGGCAGCGGCAACAACAACCAGCACAGCAGCAGUGGCACCAACACGGGGAAGAGGACUCCGACCUCCGAGCCGGGCGCGGACGCGAUUGUGCUGAACCUCUCCCCGCUCUACCCGCCGGAGCCCUCGCAGCCUCCUAGUCUCAUGAGCACCUUCAAGGGCAGCGAUACCCUGGGGGGUAGCCCGUCGCCUGCGACCGUCAGCUCCGCGACCAUGGUCGUGACGAGCAGCUCCGUCGUGACCAGCGUGUGCACGACGGCCGUCUCCGCCCGAGCCCCCAGGCCCACGCCCCCCAACACGCUGAACCUCAUCUGCUCCGCAUCGUCCCUCGCCAGCUCUGUCACUUCAGAUUUGAAGUCGCCGAGCAGCGGCACGCAGUCACAGUUGACUUCUCCUCCGUCGUCGAGCCAGGACGGCUCCCGGGCGGGCCCCCUGGUUGUGUCGUCGGCGGGCAAGACCCCGCCCCCUCCGCCCCCCCGGUGGGCCAAGCCCACCUCCCUGUCGACGGUGGGCGGCCAGAACUUCACCGUCACGACCACGGUGACGUUCAGCGUGAACAACACCACGCCGCCGCCCCACGUCGAGGUCUCCUGCAUCCAGGUGGCUCCCAAGAGGCCUCUGAUAGAGGAUGGCCAGCAGACCAUGUCCUCGGUCGGUAGCACCUUGGACCAGCGGAGUGCACGACUGCAACAGGUGGUCUCCCCAUCAACGCCGUCGGAGAACGCCAAACCGAACCUCGGCAACCGCGGCAAGAAGCACCGCUCCAGCCACGGGCAGCAGUCCUCCGUCAAAGAAUCUCACCACUACCAGGAGUCGGACAUCCUCGAGUCGCCGACGGUGUACUACCGGAGCUCCGUCGCGGACAAAGUCAGCGACUACGAGGACAUCUGGGGUCCGGAGAUGCUCUCCACUUUCAAGUCCCCCACCGGCAACCAUCUGCCCCGAUCCUCGCCUUUCUCUUCCCCGGAGGACGUGAGUUUCGGCAGCGGGGGCAGGAGACCCCCGGACCUGCUGGAGCGAGUGGGCACCCCCAUGUCCAGCAGCUGCCUGUCCUUGAACUCCUCCGGCAACCCGCGGGAGCAGCAGAGGAACAGGCUGGGACUGGUCAUCAACACGUCCGUGUGCAACUCCAGCACCAACUCCCCCAUGUCCCCGCCCUCCGAGGGCAAGACCCAGCAGCCCGAGGAGGCGGCGCCAAAGCAAGGCAGUCCGUUCUACGCAGAGCCCGCGGACGCCCUCAAGCAGUCCCUGUGCAUCCCCAGGAGGAGGCCCAGGACCAUGCAGCAGGCCUUCCCCCACCAGCCGCGCAACCACAGGCACUCGGACCCGGCUUCCUUCCAGCAAUGGCCCGUCACCGCCUCGUACCACGCCGGCUGUGUUCUGGAGAGGAUCGACUCCACGGAGGAGCUGCCUCUGUCCUCCUCCGUGGAUAACCUCGCCCUCAUCAAGAACUCGAGGAAUAUUGCGAAGGUGCAGCAGGGAGCGAACAGGCCGAGAGGGAAGCCGGUGCAGCCGCCUCGAGUCAAACCCAACCACGUGGGAGGGAAGUCGUUCAGCGAUACUUCCUGGGCUGUUGAUUCCAGCUGGGAGUUCAUAGGCAACGAAGACGAGGGAGCGGACGACGACGGCCUCGCCGUGGAGGGAGGGGAGGAGCGCGAGCACCGCUUCCCGUCCUUGGAGCAGCAGGAGACCUCGCUGGAGGAGGGAGAGGAGAACGGCGUUGGGUCGCACGGGCUCACUGUGCAGGAGCUCAUUGCUCAGAGGUUUCCCGACCUGUGCCUGUCGCCCGACGCAUCGUUCUCUGUGACGAGUCCCGGUGGCGUGACGUCCCACCUGGACGGGUCCUUCGCGACGUGUUCGCGCAUGUCGUCGUACGACAACGUGGAGGGCCGUCACGCACAGGACCAGGGGGGCCGCUCGCGCCUCUGCGGCUCCCACGCCAGCGACGACGACGCGCAGACCGUGUUCUCGGAGCCGUGGGACAGCUCGCGCUGGGAGACCCUGCUCCGCGGGGACGACACCUCGGGCUCCUCCGUGGUGCGCGUGUCGGGUGCGCGGCCUGUGCUGGGGCCGGAGGAGGACGACACCGUGUGCGAGAGCUCGCCCCGCACUCAGGGACGCUCGAGUGGUGCCGGCACUCACGUCACGAGGAACAAGAGCUUCAAGGAGAGACUGGACCCCCUGCUGUCUCCGCCACGGCUGCAGGCUCUACGCAGCCGGGAGCUGAGUGGCACGGGGGCCUCCAUACGGGUGUACGCGCUCCACCUGUUCGCGGACAAGAGCACGACGUUCGCGCAGAACAUCGAGAACUUCAUAGCGUGCACGUGCGAGUCGAAGGAGACCAACCCGCAGGUGGUGAUGCGCAACAUGCGUCAGUUCAUGUCCGGGAUGAAGAACUACCUGGUGAAGCACGGCGAGCGGGAGUUCGAAAAGGAGGUGGAGAAGGAGAGAGUGAAGCUGAAAGCCACGGAGUUCCUGAACUUGGACUCGAUCCUGGAAGGCGUGAUGCACAAGCUGGUGGUGAGGCCCUUGAAGGAGCACCUGUACAGGCUGUUCGUCGACGAGUACACCCGCUCGGGCGCCAUCCACCUGCUGGCCGACAACAUCCGGUACGCCCGGACGAGAUCCCCGCAGGACCUGGGCAUUCGGCCGCUCAUCAUCCCGCCGUCGGGGAACGCCCUCAACAACAUCAUACACAUCCUCAACAGGCUACAAGAAGUCGACUCGCCCCUGGAGAAACUGGAGCACCUCUUGUCCUGCAUAUCGGCCAUCUUCAAUUCGGUGAACGUGUGCAACCAAGGGCGGGGCUGCGUCACGCUCGGGGCGGACGACUUCCUGCCGCUGUUCGUGUGGGUGCUGGUGCAGAGCGGCAUGGUGGCCGCCGAGAUAGAGGCGGAGUACAUGUGGGGGCUGCUGCAGUCGUCGCUGCUGUCCGGGGAGGGCGGCUACUACCUCACCACCCUGUCCGGCGCCGUGCACGUCCUCAAGAACUUCCGCGCCUGCUCCGAGGAGCAGCACGGCGCCCUCGGCCCCGACUGUCGCGUUGGGUCGUUGGCAGACUUCCGCUCUGUGCUGAAGAUAGUUGUGCCGGAUGAAGUCCAUGGGUCGAUCAUCACCAAAACUCUGCCUGUUCGACCAAACAUGACAACUCGUGAUGUUUGCAAGAUUAUUGCCCACAAAGUACGCAUUACAAAUCCACAAGACUAUGGGCUGUUCAAGCUUGUGGACGGAGAAGAAACACUCCUGAACGACAGCGAGUGCCCACAAGACGUGAAAGGCGUGGUCGCAGAAGGGGGCAAGCACUGCAUGUUCGCCUACAAGAGGAUAGAUGCGAAAAUCGCAUGGCCUACAACGUCCUCGUGUUGAGUGCUUGCACUUACAGGAAUCAAUGAAAUUUGCUCAAGGUGCAAGGAUUAAAGAAGCCACUUAACUCUGCAAUAGGGUAUUUUUUUACAUCCAGUGAACACUAUUUGAGGUUUCUUGCCAAGAAAUAUUUCAGCUUCUGGAGGAGUAAAUCCUCAUUUCUAAAAAAACAUUUCGCUGAUAGAAAUGUUCUGCAAUAUCAUUAUAAUAUAACCCACAAACACUGUGGAAAUAAUAAUUUGAAUGCAAACAAAGGAGCGCUAUUUUCUUCUGCUCUGUUUAAUAGCAUAGCAGCCAUAAAUUAUUUUUAUUUCAACACUUUCAAAAACUAUAUAUAUUCUUGCAUUGCCAAAAUGUAGCUUUUGUACGUACUUCCUAAGAUAUUUUACUUACUUUAAAUCACAUUUAUUACACACCACAAUAGUUUACUUUAUGUUAAUUGCUUGCACAUAUACUUAGACAGUGUUACUGAUAUUUCAAUUUAAUAAUUCUCAUUUCAUUGCUUUUCCAGUUUCAUGACAAAAAAAUUACUCUUUCAAAAUUAAAUAUUUAUCUCUAAUUUAAGCAUGUAUAAAAGCAAGUUUACAUAUUUUGCCAUUUAUUCUUGGACAGUUUUAGUUGUAUUGUAUGAAUAUUAUUUAUUAGUUACAUUAUGAUUCUGUUAAUUUUUGUGCUGCAUACUAAGAAUUAAAACAUUAAUGUUUAUUCAGUGACAACGUUUACAUUUGAACAACCAGAAUGUACAUACUAAUAAUUAUCUCGUUUGUUCAUUUUUAACCAGAUGACAUUUGUUGUGAUCGUCAAGUUUUUUGUGAAUGUAUUUUUUUAAGGUCCUGUGAUUUUAUUUAUACUUUUAUGGAAAAUAGCUAUGUGAAUGUUUUUAUGGAGCAAUAAAUAUAUUAAACAUUUGAUACUCCGUAUGCCAGUAACUCAUUUAAUGUUAUGUACUAUGAAGUUAAUAGAAAUAUAAUCAAGGGCUUGAUCAGGGAGGGUAGCUACCCCCUAUUCAAAAUGGAAAAAAAGAUUCAACAAAUUUCUGGAAAAUUUAUUAACAGUUGAUUUUUUGUUUUUCAACACAAAGAAACUAUUACCAAAUACACUACAUCAUAAGUGAAAAGUCACAACCUCUAAAAAGAGAUUGAAUUCCUUAAGAUGCCACCCCUUCCGUAUUGAUAAUAUAUUUCUCGUUCUUUUACUGAAUUAGAUAGAUACUAUUGAUGAAUAAUAUGUGGGUUAUUUUACAAUUGAAUGUUUUGUCAUUGAUCCCUUUAUAAAAAAAAUUGUUAAUGAGACAUUGUAACAAAAAAUAAUUUAGAUUAUUUAUUUAAUUAAAUUUAUGUACCAAAAAAUAAAUUUACCUUUAAAAGUUGGCAUCUUUGCUAAAUCUAUUAGCUCACUAUGAUGUAUGAUGUUUUAUAUACUAGUAUAUAAAACUAAUAAUAUUGUAUGUAGAAAUAUUAAUAUAUUUCACAUAAGAAUUUAUAAAUUUUAAUUUAGACUAUUUACAACAAAUCAUACAUAAAAUUGAAGGUAAACUAACCUAGUUUUUCUUUCAAAUGUCCCAUAUGUGCACCUUUAGUUAUACGGCACACAUCCAACCUAAAGUCCCUUCAGAGUUGCAGGGCUCAGAAAAACACUAAAUAAUUAGAUGCGAGGUUGUGGAAUACAUAGUUCAGCGUCACUAAUGGUUCAGAAACCACACUGGGCUAAUAACUCUAACUUUAAUAACUUUGGUUCAGAAGUCUGGAGUAAUGGAAGCAAUAAAUAGCCUCUUCAAUUCUGUGUCUCAACUCUGAAAAAUAAUUAGGUAGCGGCGGAACGUAGACAACUUUUAUAAAGCCCCAAAGAAUUUGCAUGGUGUUAUGUCAAGUGAACAUGGAGGCCAGCGAAAAAGAGCUCUGUCGUCUCGAAUUGCCUAUACCAUCGUGCAAUGUUUUUGCCACUUGGGGGAUCACAAUUAAACUUAAAACAAAACACAUUCUGAACUGGAAUUACUGAUUCACUCUUAGCAAAUUGCAGAACUCAAAACGCUUUACCCUCAUCAUUUAUGUGGCGCUGCGAAUUAACGAUCUACAAUGCUUACAGUUGAUAUUAUUAAAAUUUUUAACUUGGGCAUUAUUUUAUGGACAUACUGUAUUUUUCUUUCCUGUGGUUGACAACCAAUGUGCCAGCUGAUCAACCCUACAUCUUUACUACAGUGCAAGGUUUUUAAUCCGGCUUUCUAUGGCUCAGCACAUUCCGUAAUCCAGCAUCAAUUAAGUUCAAAUUAUUUUGUGUGAAUUCCAGCUACCGGCAUUUUUAGUUCGCUCAGAGAUUAUGGUUCUGGUCGGUUUUCAGUUCAUUACAGCAUUUCCCAUUUUAUAGCAGUUACAUUUCAUGGGUGAAUUUCUUUAGUAUUCCUGUUAAAACUACAUCAACAUUCCAUAAUCCAGCAAAAUCUUCAAUCAAAAAUGGUUGUGGUCAUGAACUUACCAGAUAAAAGACCUUUAAAUAUACUUUAUUAUCACUGCCAAAUUUUAUAUUAUAUGUUUUUUUUUAUCACUGCAAUAUUUAAGUGCUUAGUCCAUGCGUAAUCUAUCCUAACAAUUAAAUUUAACUGCAUUUGUCAGCAUAUGAUUUACCAAAGAUAAGGUAUUUAAAACCCAUGUUUUAAUUUCAGGUAAUUGUUUUGCACACAGCUCUAUCAUUUUUGCAAAAUUCUUGCAUACUAUUUGUACAAGUUUUUAAAUAUAAUUGUACUAGUUAAAGUUUAUAAUCGUGAGACCUACCUAUGACUUCUUUAUAUUUUUCAUUGUACUUUGAUAUAAAGUAAUUAGUUUUAUAAUUUUUCAAAAUGGUUGUUUUCAAACAAGUAUUACCAUUUAUUUCACACAGUGAAGCUAUUAAAACCAGGAUUAUUAUAACCAUGUUUACGUCAUUUAUAUGUAAAGCUACACGUCUAACACAUCACAGGAUUGAUACAUAUUAGAACUUUUAUAUCUUUUUAAAAGCCAAAUAUUGCCAUAUUUCUGCUUCUCAAUCUUUAAAUUCUGUCUUUUAAGUAUCUUAAGGAAAAAUUUACACUGUGUCUCAAACUCAGUUUCUUCAGGACACCAUUUAAUAAAAUGUAUGAUUACGGAAGGGGCCUUAUAAGGCAUAUUUGUACAAAAUUUCUACCAAAAAUCAUUUUUUGGUAGAAGUUUUUUUUGUUAGAGUAUGUCUUAAGUGGUGAUCAGUAUUUGGCUUUCAGCUUUUUAAAAUGAACUUAGAUUUUCACUUUGGACUGUACUGUAGAGUACACAUUUCUGUACAUUUUUAUACUAAUAUGCUAGUCAACAGUAAUAAUUUUAAUUAAUAUUGCUGCUUUUUAUUACUGUAAUUUUAACUUUUUAGUUCUUGUGGUAUAAGUAUUGUGAAGAUUGAAAUCUCUGUAAUAUUUUGUUAAGUUACAUAAUUUAUAUUUUGCUUUAUUCUUUGUUGGUAUCUCCACAUCACUUAUGAUAAGCUAUGUAAAAUAUAUUGUGUAUGUUUUCUGUCUUUUGUAAUUAAAAUGAAUUUUUUUCUAAA